AUGCAAUUCUCCACUGUCGCUUUCGCUGCCGCCUCCGUCGCCGUCGUUUCCGCCGCCUCCACCGUCCAGGCCAUCUCCCAGAUCGGUGACGGUCAGAUCCAGGCUACCACCUCCGCUCCAGCCACUGAGCCAACCACCGCUCCAACCACCACCGCUUCCUGGACCAGCUCCGGCAACGCCACCAUCCCAACUCAGACCGAGAACGGUGCUGCUGCCAUGGGCUCUGGCUUCGUCGCCAUGGCCGGUUUGGCCGCCGCCGGUGCUUUGCUGAUCUAA